AUGUGCAAAAUUAAAGAAAUUUGUGCCGAUGACACAAGUUUUCAUGAAGGAAGAAGACAGACAUUGAAUAUUAUACCAGAAUCCAAAUUUAGGUUUAUGGAGAAUUUCAGAAUCUAUAAGAAGCACUUAGUUUAUCGGAUGCUUAACUAUAGGAGACAAAUCUAUCUGAAUAAGACAUGCAGGAACGAUGCAAUGCUCUAA